UUCAUUUUAGAAGAUGUUUACGUAAUAAAACUCGUAAAGAGAUUUAAAUGAUUAAUAUCUGAGUACUUUUAAUAUUGUGAAGCAAAAUGAGUUGGGCAGGUGACGAAUGGAAAGAAGGUUUGAAUCAUAAAGCUUUGGGGAAAAUAGCGGAGAUUGAAAAACAAAAUGAAAUAUUGAAAAAGGAAACGAAACAAAAACAAUUCCUGAUGGAAUCAUUGGAGGCUUCAUCCAAUAAACAAAAGCGUAAAGUAGAAGAGGACAAGAUAGAAAUAUCGGCAUUGAAGCGUGAAAACCACUCGCUGGCUGAAGAUUGUACAAAGUUGCAGCAAAGGGUUGAUAAGCUGAGUAAUGAGUUGAAGCACAAGGAAGUUCACAUCAGCGGGUUGGAAGGCCAGUACCAACGUUGCAAGUAUCAGCUGGAACAAUAUUCAUGCAAGACACCAAAACAAGGGAAGUCAGUAGAAGAAGAAGCACGUGACUUCAGCUCAAAAAUCGGCGAAUUACAAUCUUUGCUUGACCAAGAAAAGGCGAAAACACGAACACUCGAAAAAGAGAUAAACGAUGCAAAGAAUUCGCAAUCGGCCAGGCGACAAUCGUUCAUGACCCCGUUACCAUGGGCAACAGAUGAACCUUUGGUGACCCCUGUGAAACCUCAACGACCUUUAUUUGACCUUUUAACUGGGUCGCCAGUUUCAGUAAAUGGUAGUGGUGACUCCAACCCACCAUUGUUGUUCCCCACCUCAAACAACCAACCCACGCCAACCAUAUUACCACUACCUCUCGUUGCCCCACCUAGUAACGACUCUGACCUGCAGCAGAAACUCACAUCCCUUGAAAAAGAACUUGCGAUAAAAUCUGAAGAAAUCUCAGCUUUACAUCAAAAGCUGAAGGAAUCUGCGGAUAAGGUAUCAGUUGCUGAGGACAAGUUGCAACAACUCGCCAGUGAGGUGACAUCGGAUCGGGAGAAACAUCAGGUUACGAUGGAAGAUUUGAAGAGUAAGCAGGAAAAUGGGAGGAAGAGGAAGGAGAAGGAGUGGGAGGAAGAGAGAAGGAAGUGGGAGGAGCAACUUGUGGAGCAGAAGAACAAAUUCAAUGAAACACUGUCUGAAGCAAAACGUGAUUUGAAAGAAAUCCAGACAGAACUGGAUCAAACCAGUUUAAACCGGAAUAAACUGGAUAGUGAGUUAAAGAAAAGCAGCCACAAGCUCUUACAGAUGGAACAAUUGCAUCAAAGUGAUCAAUCUAAACUUAAACAACUGCAGACAUCAGAACAGGUACUUAUGAAGGAGAAUGAUUCUCUUUCCUGUCAACUUGAGAAAAUGUCAUCCAAACUUGAAUCCAUGGAAACUCAGCGUGAUUCACUCAAAUCUGAGAACCAACGUUUGCACCAAAGUGUGUCGGAUAAAAAGUUGGAAUUGGAGAAAUGUAACGCAGAGAUUAAAGCUGAUCGUGUCAAGUUUGAAAAGGAAACCAGUAAAUUGGAGGCAGAACUGGAUAAGUUAAGAGUAGAAUUUAAUGAAGUUGAAAAACAAAAGAAUCAGCAAAAAGAUCGACUCACACAGAAGGAAGAGGAAGUCACUAAGUUAAGAUCCCAGGUCUCCCAUAUAGAGAACAACACCAAUGGAACAAUCAACAAACUAGAGGAGAGAUCUAAUGAAGUUGAAGCUUUAACCAAGGAAAACAAUAUGUUGCUUGAACAAAGUGAGGCCGUGGUUGGAGAACUCAAGAAAACAAAGUGUGAUCUUGAGAAAUUGAGGGAAAGAUAUGAAGUUAAGGUGACCGAGGUUGUUGAGCAACAUCAGGAUGAGGUGGAGGGAUUGAAGACAAAGAUUAAAAACCUGGAGGAAAACUCACAGGAGGAAGUCCGGAGGUUUAUGUUGGGAGCAGAGGAGGAGAUGAGGACUUUGAGUGGGAGGUUGAAAGAUCAGGAGGGUCAUCUCCAUCAACUUAAUGCGAUGUGCGAUGAGAAACAGAGGAUUUUGGAUGGGUAUAAGAAGAAGCUGGAAGAGCAAGUUGCUUGUGCUGAGGCGGCGAAGGAAGAGCAUUUUGUUCUUAAAGAGGAAUAUCAGAAGCUCUGUGAGCAAGAGGGGGGAGUAAAGGAUCAAGUUUGUAGGUUGGAAAAUCAACUGAAAAGUCAUCUUUCUAAAAUUGAAGAAGUUUCUGGGAGUAAAGCUAAGUUAAUGGAAGAGCAUAAAGUUCUUGUUCAGGAAGCUCGAGCUGAAGCAAUUGAGAGGAGGAGUUUGGAGGGGAGGGUACAAGAUCUGGAGGCGCAAGUUGUGGGGAUGCAAAGAGCAUUGGAUGCUGCGGAAGAUGAUAGAUUGCGAGGGAGGAGCUUGAUAAUCUCAAGAUGA